UUGGUGAGCACGGUCAAUUCAUGUUGUCGUAGGAAGUUGAAUGAAGUUUGUGGUGACCGAACAUGGACUCCGACCGAGGAAUGUUUUGCCCGUUUUGUGGCAAACACAUGAACAGCUUAACGCGGUUCUGCUUUGCGUGUGGUCGUUGUUUGGUGUUUUUAAAGGACGUGGACCAGACGGAAACAUUGGAGAAACCGGGGACUUCUCGACAGCCGGACACAGUGCAGAACAACCCAUGCCCAUCAUACAAACAGUUCAUGGAGUACAGAAGCUUGAAGUCACAAGAACGACAGCCUUUUAACUAUGGGCCAAAAGGAAAAUAUAAGCCUAAAGAAAGAAAACACGUCCAGAUAAACGUAGGAUUGAUGGGGCCACAUGGAACUGAUGGAACUGAUUUAAAACCUCUAAGAGGGAAAACACUCCCGUUAUUUACAGACCCAGAGGUAGCAGCACCUGAUCUACUCAAACAAGCUGUCCAGAAAUUGAGAACAUUUAACAAGGACAUGCCCGAAGGACCUUAUGUCCUUUUGUAUCCAGACUGCUCAGAGGUGGUCCAUGUGCCUGGGUCAGAAAGGUCAUUUAAAUUGGCAGAAUAUAAAAAGGAAAUAGGAAAGGCAUAUUCCAGGAUAACUUUUUUCAUUUGCCUUGAAAAACACUAUAAAAGAGAGUACGAUACCUCCGAUUCUGAUUCUGAAAUUGUCAUCACAACAAGAAGCAGAGCUGAUUUAAAUCGAGCUGACACUUUUGGUUUUUGAACCACAAAAUCGAAGAACUCCCAAAUACAAACUGGAAGAUGAAAGAGAUGCACCAGGACAAUCAUCAACAAUUCAGCCAGGACAGGUAAUAAAGCAGAUUGUGGCAGAAUGACAUUUCUUGCUUUCGG